AUGCGAGGCACGGAUGAAGCCCUGGACUCUGGCAUCCAUCACUUCCUGGAAACAGAUGCCCAGGCCCCUCCAGUUCUGGGACUCCACAUCCACACGGCGUCUGGGGUGGCCCUAUGCCUGCUAAUGGCUUUCGGGGACAGUGUUGGCAUUGAAACGAGGCUCUACAAUGUGACCGAGGCUGCCACAGUGACCGCCUACCACCAGGAGGGGACAGAGGCCGUCCAUUCGCUCAGGGCUCUUAUUGACGAUGGCGUCCGUGGAGGCCCCGUGGAGCUCGGGCCUUACUUUGUGGAAGUUGGCCGCAAGGCCGUGUCUGUGUUCAUGAAUUCCAGCAGCGUCCACGCAGGGGAGGCUCUGGCCUUUGCUGGCUCCCACGAGAACGGGAAGGGCCUGGUUGUGAUGCACCGUUUCCCGUCCGUCUCCUCGUAUAACGUGUCCUUCGCUUCCCGAACGCAGGCGGGGCCCGGCCCGGCGUGGCGCAGCCCGGCGUGGCGCAGCGUGGUUGUUUGCUACAGGAUGCAGCCCUUGUCCGUCUACACAAACGGAACUGUGUUUGCCGCAGACACAGACAUCGCCUUUGAGGCUGUUACCACGGAAACCAUCCCCCUGGAGUUCAUGUGGCAUUUUGGCGACGACCCGCCGGUGCGGACAACUUCCAGAAGCGUUAGGAGACGGCUCCGUGUACCCCGAGGGUACCAGGUGACGGUCAAAGCCUCCAGCAUGGUCAGCAGCGUGGUCUCCAAGCCCCACCUCAUCAGGGUGCAGCAGAGAAUAGUGGCCAACAGGCUGCUGUCCACCGCCUCGGCUCUGGUCAACACCAGCGUGGCCUUUGAGUGCAGAAUCAGCUUUGGCACGGAUGUGGCCUACCGCUGGGACUUUGGCGAUGGCACCGUCAGCCUGGGGAGCCACCGCAGCAGCCACAUCUACAGCAGGGAGGGGGAGUUCACUGUGCGGGUUCUUGCCUUCAACGCCGUCAGCACCGCCACGCUGCAGAAGCGGCUCUUCGUCGUGUGCGAGCCCUGCCAGCCGCCCCCCGUGAAGAACAUGGGGCCCGGGAAGGUGCAGAUUUGGAGGUCCCAGCCCCUGAGACUGGGGGUCACCUUUGAAGCUGCUGUCCUCUGCGACAUCUCCCAAGGCCUUGCCUACACCUGGAGCUUCCUGGAUGCCAAGGGCUCACGUGUGCCGCUCCCUGCUGCCGUCAACACCCACAGGCAAACAGUGGUGCUGCCGGGCUACACCCUGGCCAGCGGAAACUACACGGCCAUGGCCAAGGUGCAGAUCCGGGGCAGUGUGGUUCACAGCGACUACUGCGUGGGUGUGGAAGUGCGGCCCCGGGCGCCCGUCAGCGUCAUCGCGGAGGGCACGCACCUGUUCGUCCCCAGGACCGCCCUGGCCCCCAUCGUCCUCAGGGGCUCCCAGUCCUAUGACCCCGACCAUCCAGGGGCCACACUCAGGUACUACUGGACAUGCAGUGCCGCCAGCUCCCCCGGGCGGCCCUGCUUCGAGGACUCCCUUCCCAGCCUCAUGGACACAGGGUCCCCCACCGUUGCUUUCUCAGCGAGAUGGCUGAGCACCUGCUGCGACCAGUUCCUCAUGACACUGACGGUCUCCAGCGGUGGCCGGAACUCUUCGGAGGCCCAGGUGUUCCUGUCCACCCGCCAGGACCCCACCUUCAGGUUUGUGCGCAUCUCCUGGGCCAGCUUCAGGGGCGCCUCUGUCAACCGGAACGCCGAGCUGUCUCUGCGGGCCGCGUGUGAAGACUGUGGGGACGUGCCGGGGCUCUCCUUCUCCUGGGAGCUCUUCCUCGUCAACGCCACAGAGGAUGGCACGGUGGCAGUGCCCUCCUGCAGAGCCGUGGGGCUGCUCGGCGUCUCGGGACUUGGGGCUGUUUGGAAGUCGUCAGAGCCCAUCCCACUGUCCACAGAGCCCAGCACGCCAGAUCCCGAAGGGGCACCCAUGCUGUUCCCACGGGAGCCUUCACCCAAGACCCUGGGCCAGCCUGCCGUCUCUGCCCCAGGGAGCACCUCCCCGGAGUCCACGGCAGGGCCUCGCCGGGUUCCUGCGGCUGGUGACACUGUGGUCCCAGGAGAGGACCCUGAGGAGGGGCUACUGGGGCCUGAGCUGGCGUCCUGGGACGAGGAAGCCCCAACAGGGAGCCUCUCUGAGAGCAGCUGGUCCCCUCCCCACCCUGAUUUCGAAGCCUACUACAGUGACAUCCAAGAAGCAGAGCCGUCCCCAGGAAGGCAGCCAGGAGGCAACACCAGCCCCCCGGAGUCAGGGGCCAGCGAGGAUGACGAGGGGAGCCCCAGUGAGGGGGACAACCUCGUGGGCCCCUUCCUGUCUGCCGGCCGAGCCCAGCCUGCCCUCCUGAUCGACUGGCCCAAGACCCCGGUCAGCAGAGCUGUUUUCCAAAGCUACACCUCGUCAGGCAUCACAGGACCAGUGGUGACCAUCAAACCGUUCUCGCUGAGCAGUGGACGGACGUACGUCCUGCAGGCCUCCGUGGUGUCCACGCACGGCCUCCUUGGCAAAGCCCAGCUGUACCUGACGGUGAACCGAGCUCCCCAGGACGUGGCCUGCCAGGUGCAGCCGCACCGGGGUCUGGAAGCGCACACCCUCUUCAGCGUCUUCUGCAUGUCAGGAGAGCCGGACUUGGAAUAUGAAUUCAGCUACCAGAUAGGAAACGCCCCCAGACGCACGCUUUACCACGGGAGGGACGCCCAGUAUUAUUUUGUGCUGCCAGCUGGUGAGCCCUCGGAUGGUUACAAAGUCAUGGUUUCCACUGAGAUCACAGACGGCCUGGGCUCCAAGGCACAGCCGUGCGCCGUGGCUGUGAUGGUGCUGCCCCGUUACCGUGGGAUGGACUGCCCCACCGAAGACCUAUACAAUUCCAGCCGGAGGAACCUGUCUACCCUCCAGCUGAUGGGGAGUUACACCGAAAUCAGGAACUAUGUCACCGUGCUCACCAGGAUCCUGAGCCGUCUGACCACGGAAGACAGAAGCGCCUCGUGUGGCCAGUGGUCUCUGACCCGGGACGCGCUGAUCUCCUCGGUGUGCAGCUUUGCUUUUGCAGAUGAGGAGGAAGUGAUGGGUGUGGUUCCUAUGCUGAAGGACCUCGUGAGCUUCCCUCCGAAGGUGAGCUCUGCCAGCACACUGCUCCUGCUCAGGUUCGCCCGGGCACUCCUUGCUCAAGGCCGUCUCCCCGGGGGGCUCGUGCUUGGCCUGGGCCUGAGGCUGGAGCUCAUCCGACUGCUGUCCAGAGUCUGGGAAGGCUCCGGACAAGAAGAAGCACUGGCCAGGACCCCCGUCUGGGAGGACGGCCUGGAGGUGGUCUCAGCCUUGCUGUUGGGCUGCCUCUCUCUGCACCACGAGCGGGAGCUCCGCGUGAGUGCCGGGCAGGUGGAGUUCCUGGCCCUGCUCCAUGACAGCCCCCAGCAGUCUGUCCAGAGCCUGGGCCCUGUCCAGGUGCACCUGCCUGGUGACCUGGCCGGGCACAGCCGGGCUGGGGAGGAGACACAGAGCCCAUGCCACAUUAGCCAGCUCGUGCUGUUCAGGAAGAACCCGCACCCGUGGGGAAGACGCGCUGCCGGGCAGGUCGGCGGAGCUGUGGGCCUCACCCUGCACACCUGCUUUGGCACAAGACCCAUCCGCCGCCACCGGCUGGCGAGCCCCGUGACCGUGGAGUUUGGGGAGGAUGACGGCCCGGACAGCCGGAGAAGUAAGACGGCGUUUGCUUUGCUUCGGGACGGAGUGAAUUUGCACCCGCUUGCGGGGCUUCCUGACGAUGCCCAAGAAUCUCUGCAGAUUCACAUCGAGUUCUCCACGCCCGCGUCUCGCGCCUUCCCCGUCCUCCUGCUCCUGAGGUUCUCCGAGAGACCCACGCCCUCGUCUUUCCUCGUGAAGCAGACCUUCCUCUGGGAGGGGCAAACCGUGCAGAUUUACACACCUGCUGCUGCAUGGAAAGCGUCCAGGGUGGGCUACUUGUCCUUGUUGGAUGCUGACUACAACAGAAGAGCCCCAAACAAGUAUCUAGCUGAGCUGGUGAACUACACGGUCCGUUUCCAGUGGCUGCGGUGCCUGUUGUGGGAUAAGGGAGAGUGGAAAUCCGGAAGUUUCUCCCCACAACCGGGAACUUCUCCAGAAAAAGUUAGCUGCAGCUACGACCGCCUCGCGCUCUUCUCGGUCCUGAGACGGAAACUGAACACCAGCCUGGAAGUGAGCCACGUUUCCGAGUUACGGAGUCGCCCGCGGAACCUGAUCCCCAGCGCUUGUGUGGUGGCGUUCACGGUCCUUUACAGGCUUCUGGCUGCUAAAAGCCGUGGCGUGGACCAUCGUGAGAAGGAGAAAACGGGUUCCAUUUUCCUGCAAGAAGAGGUCCCACCCGGCCACCAGCUGUAUGCCGUCGUCGUGGACACUGGCUUCCGGGCCCCAGCGAGGUUCUCCUCAAAGGUGUACAUGGUUCUGUGUGGAGAGAAUGGACUUUCAGAGACCAGAGAGCUGCACUGCCCACGGAGGCCCCUGUUUGAGAGGAAUUCCAGGCACACCUUUGUCCUCAGCGCUCCUGCCCAGCUGGGCGCGCUCCGGACGAUCCGCCUGUGGCACGACAGCCGGGGGCCUUCCCCGAGCUGGUUUGUCAGCCACGUGAUGGUGAAGGAGCUGCGCUCCGGACGGGCCUGGUUCUUCCCCGCCCAGUGCUGGCUGGCUGCAAGCCGGCGCGGCGGCCGCGUGCACCGGGAGCUCGCCUGCCUGCGCCGGGGGCCCGGCUUCUGGAAGCUUUUCCACGCCAAGUCCACGGAGUACCUGGAGGAUUUCCACGUGUGGCUCUCGGUGUACAGCCGGCCCUCCGGCAGCGGCUUCCUGCACACGCCGCGGCUGGCCGUCUCCUUCUGCCUGCUGUGCGUCUAUGCCUGCCUCGCUGCCCUGGUCACCACCAGAGCCCACUCGCAGCUGUUCCUGGGAGCCGGCCCCACCGACCUCACUCUCCACACCUCCGGGCUGGGUCUCCUGUGCAGCCUGCUGGGCUCCCCUGCAGCACAGCUCCUGUCUCUGCUCUUCAGGCUGAGCGAGCGUCCUGCCUCAGCCGCUCUCUCUGGGCGUCACCAGGCCUGGAGGAAGGCAGCAAGCAGCCAGGGCACAGCCUGUCCACACCAGGAGCCAGGGACCUGCGGAGCCUCCCGGAGCGAGCCUGUCCUGGCUCCCAGCCAUGGUCCUGGAGACCUCCUGCUCCCAAGGCCCAGGGCCCUUCUGCUUUGGUCAGGCCGGGCAGCGUGGGCCGUUUGUGGGGCGACUUCCCUGGCCUGUGCUCUGGGCACGGCGUUCCUCGGCUACAGGUUCGAGCCGGCGCAGUGCGUGUGGUGGCUGCACCUGCUGCUUCUCUCCGUGGCCUGCUGUGUCUUCAUCACCCAGCCCCUCAUGAUCUGCGUGGUGGCGUUGGGCUUUGCUUGGAAAAGAAGAGACGACAGUCACUUCUUUGUGGAGUCGUUAAAUGAAGCGACCAGGGACCUAGACCCGGGGCUGGAGGGCCGGCCCAGGACCCACGGCUGCCCCUGUGGCCCUGGCUGUGCGGGGGCCGUGGCAGAGGUCCUGGCUGCCCGACAGCAAGCCCGCCGCCUGCGCUGGGCCCGGCCCCCGGCCCCGGCCCAGCUCAAGGUCACCGGGGGAAGGAUGAAGAGAGAGCGUCGCACUCGGGCAGCCCUGCGAGAUGUCUCCGUGCACGGGCUCAGGCUGCUUCUGUUGCUGUGUCUGACAUACGGGAGGUUCUCCCAGGAGGAAUGUUCCCUCAAUCAAGCUAUCCGGAAACAGUUCACGAGCUGCACGAACCACCUUUGUUCUUGUUCUGAUAGCAGCGCCGCGCACUCCUGGGAUGGCCCGCGGAGCCCUGAUGGCUGGUGGGACUGGAGCCUGACCGUGCUGCUAGACGGCCUGCACCCCGCGGGGCCCUCGCCGGGGGCUCAGCCUGGACCUCUGGGAGGGAGAUGCCACCUGCUAGGCUCCCCGGUCAUCAAGCAGCUGAAAGUUGCUCCCCAAGGUUCGUGCAAGCCUCCCGGGCCAUCGUCGGCCACAAUGGAAGACUCUCCUCACUCACAGAGCCCCGAAGCUGAAGGCCCUGAGAACCGAAAUAGGAGCCCCAGUUGUCCCGGGGGCUGUGGGGUGAGCGCCGACUGUGUGCACAGCCUGGGCAGAACGAGGCGUGAAGUCCAGGCGGCCCUGACCGGCCUCAGGGCCAGCAGGUGGAUUGACCGCAGCACUAGGGCUGUGUCCGUACACUUCACCCUCUUCCACCCUCCCAGCCGCCUCUUCACCAGCGUCGCCCUGGGAGUGGAGAUUCUCCCCACGGGGGCUCUCGUCCCCUCCUCCCAGGUGGACUCCGUCAGCGUCUUCCGCAGCGACUCGGCCCUGGACCACGGCCUCGUGCUGUCCGAGCUGGCCUCCCUGGUGCUCGGCCUGGCUCACCUCUGCUUCCAAGUCUACGCUAUGGUGGACGAGGACGGCCUCAGCUAUUGGCACAAACCGGGAAACUGGCUAGAGCUCGCCGUGGCUGGGACAGGCCUCGCCUACCACGUAGCCGCUGGCCACCUCGCUACCCUGGCUGGGGACGUCGCUGACCAGUUCCACAGGGGAUUUUACCAAGUGUUUGUGGACCUCAGCCCGAUGGCGUCAUGGAACCAGAGGGUGCGAUGGCUGCAGGGGCUCCUCUCCUUCCUGCUGCUGGGGAGGUGCGUGGAGCUCCUCGGGCCCCUGGCCCUGCCGGCCGCCUGCUCUCCCGUGCUGUGCCGCUCGCUCUCCCGUGCCUUUGCACCAGCGCUGGCGGGUGCCCUGCUGCUGGCCGCCCACUGCCACCUGCACCGGCUGCUGCUCGCCACCUGGGCUCCAGCCGCCUUCCCCGGGCUGCCCCUCGGCUUUCCCAGAAGAAGCCACACAGACUCAGGCUUCAGCCUUCCGCAGGCCGACCCGCGCGCCGCGGUGUGCUGCCGCGUGGCCCUUUGUGCGGUGCUGGCCACGCUGUGUUUCAGAAUGCUGAGACAUGCCCUCAGGACUUCCUCCCGAAAAAGGCGGUCUUUCCCAAGUAAACCUCUCGUGAGGCUUGACGACGUCAGGGCUUACGCCCGGAGGAAGGUCCUGGCCGUUCUGGGACUGGGGACACCACGGUCGGAGGAGACGGAGGUGGCCGAGGACCACAAUCGCUACCUGGAUGAACUUGCCAGUCUGCUAGAUGAACUUCUGACGAAGGUCGAUGGUCUGUCCGACAGCCGUCCCCUCCCUCUCCUAGAAAAACAACCCCGGAGUUCAGCAGCGCCAAGGGCAGAAGGCAGUGCCCUGCCGGGGGCUCCCAGUCGCCAGGCAACCGGGAUGAGAGAACGACCCCAUCGCAAGCGCGUCUCUCGUCGCCACCCUUCUCCAGCCCAGUUCUCCAAUCCUCAUUAGCUGGGCAAGUUCCACGGACGACGGCCGCCCAUCCUGAAUUGCUUGGACUUCGGCCUGCCCAGACCCCGGCCUUCUCCCUGGGCCCCGCCCCGCCUGCUCCCACUUCCUGCCGCACCACCACCCAGCGGGAGGACCCCUGGGGUCCGGCUCCGAAAUCCCAGCCUCUGUGCCACAGGGGGCUCCGUCAAGUUCCCGGACAAUGGAGUUAGAAGGUAAGUUUCUUUCCUGCGAAACAUUUUUGAACUCCACGCAUACAGAGGGCUCUUCAAAAGUGCAAAAUGGAAAACGCAAAUUAUGAAAAGACUGUAUGGAUUUCAAAACGGGCACCAGAAGAAGCUGAACUUUCAACUCCGCUUUUCUAUAACUUUGUGAACCCCUGCUGUGUCGCGUCAGGGACCAGCCUCUCCAGGGAGCCCCGGCAGGCAGGGUGGGGGACGAGGGACGGGAGAAUGGGGCUGAGCCAAGGGCACUGGACGCUGCCUGGACCCACCCGCCCCGUGCCGACAGCGGUGUGGCUGAGCUGCUGACAACUUCCCGCACACAGCGCCUCCUCUCCAGACAGAGGAAGUGAGUCAGCCGGCACCUGCAUCGCGGCCCUCGCGGCUGGACACCUGCGCCAGGGAGCUGCUGCUGGGACUUCCGGGCGGGACCUCGGCCAGCGGCGGCGUCCACUUCCUCCUCCUCGUGGCUCCCUGCUGGCUGCUGUAGCCCAAAAGGCAAACACCGGCCUCCGCAGUGCUGGGCAGAGGACAGGCUGUGUUUGCCAUUCUUCAGACCUCAUAAGUUACUCAUUGAGUUGCAGGAUGGGGUCCUCGUUGGUCAGUAACAGAGCAACCUGCUAACUCAGCAUCAUUCGUAUCUGAUUAGCUCAUCGGUCUCGAUCUAGGGACCAAACUCUCUCCAAAUCAAGUCUUGCCUUGCAUUCAGGGUGGGUGUGGUCCGCGAGGCGAGCCGAGGGGCGCGUUGUGGCCUCCAGCUGUGAGCGUGGCUGCUCCACCGUGGCGGCGUCAGAGAAGACACGGGGCCACGGCCAGUGCUGACACUGACUCCGGCAGGACUGGGACUCGCGCUCAGUCCCCCGCAUCUCGGAGUCCGUCGUGUUUCAGCGGGCCUUGUCCCUGUGCCCACGCUGGCAGCCGGUGCGUCUUGGAUCCAGGACGUCUUCAGGGUGUCGCUUUGUCACUCGUAGCAGACCGUGUCUCCUAGGUCUCCUAGGACUGUGGGCCUUCAGGUCCUCUCGUCCCAGCCGAGGGGCGGCCGCUGUUCCUCCGCAGGUGGAGCCACGGCCUGCUCUGGAAGUGGCACCGAGCAGAGCCCGCCCAGCCGUCCACGGUGGUCAGCGCAGUCUCCUCGCCAUGGCUGGGGGAGCGCCUGCCCUCGCCUGCCCCACGCCCUGUGGCCUCGCUCCCCCUGGAAGCCCAUCCAGCCCUGGCUCCAAGCGUGGCUUGUGUGGCCUCACCUGCCCGCUGGCCCCACGUGAGCUCCAUGGCCCCACAGUGGAACGGCUGGGAAAACCCGCUGUUGCUGAAGCCGGGGUCGGCAGCCACCGUCCCUGCCGCCUCCUCGCUGCCCGGGCUCUGGGCAGGUGCCUGGCUGCUGGCCUCCUCACAGCCCCCGUGGCCUCCAGAGGGGCUCUGAGUGCCUUCCCCGUGCCCUUCCUCCUCCCCAGGUGCACACCGUCUGCUGAUGCCCUGGUGCCGUCCAGGCUGGGAGCUGGGUGAGAAGCAAGCUUCUCUCUGGUCCUCCCUUGGCCUUCCUGAGGGACCCGUGGUCUCGCACCUGCAGCCCUGUCACAUAGCUGUUCACAGCCUUGACAGUGGCGCAGAGAGCCUGACCCACAUGGAAACGACGGGUGUGCUACCUCUCACGGAGGAUGCCAUCUGUUCUCUGCUGCGGGCUGGCUCUGCCUCUUGGUCACAAGGUGGCUGCUACCAGUCCAGCAAUCAUCCGUAUGCAAAACAUCCAUGGACAAAGGAGGCCAUCUCCCUUGGCUUUUUCAUUAACAGGUGUAAGGACGUUUUGUCAGGAAGACUCCAAGAUAAGUUCCUUUGACACACAUUCCUAAUUGAUCAUGGGGAAAUGAGAUUGUCGUAAAUAAUCUGGGCUGGUCAUCUGGGACAGUGAGGACUCGAGUGCUAACCACCAGGCCGCCUCCCCUCCCGCGCUCACAUUCCACUCCUGAGCAGGGCUCCCUUCUGCCGUGACUGGUGGAGCUCGACAUUUUUAUGUGUGCCGCCCUCUCUCUCUCUCUCUCUCUCUCUCUCUAUAUAUAUAUAUAAUACCUGUUCUUGUACCUUGUUCUGUUUUUCAAGUGUUCUAAUUAUCCUUUCGUCUGAUUUUAAGAUAACUUGUAUACUUGUUAAGUACUUUCUCUAGUGCUCUGUUUUCAUGUUAAAUUUUUCAUAUUGAUGCAAACUCUGUGUGUAUGUGUAUGUGUGUAUGCAUGUGUACUGUAUGUAUGUGUGUAUGUGUGUAUGUGUGUGUGUGUGUGUUUCUGAACAUCCAAAAGUACUUUUUUAAAAAGCCACGAAAACAGAAUUAAAAUAAAAGUUU